GGCCGCGCUCGCUUCCGGGUUGGUGUUGGGGUCGCGUACGGCGUGACCUCGUGCGUGCGCCUGGCGCGCCGGAGUGAAAAAAAAGCUUGGCUGAUACAUUGAGCUCCAGCACCAUGGCCUCCGGUGGGGACAGUCCUGAUGACGUUUCUUCGGACUGGGCUGGCACUAGCCUCGACCUGACCUCACCAGAGCUCGCAAAAGCCAGCUCUUCCAUGAUGGACAGUGGCGAAGACUUUGAAGUCCUGGAUGAUGAGGAAGAGGAAGACAUGAAUGGCCUUCCUCCACUGGAAGAUGUGCCCACCAGCAAGACGACAGCAGCUAAAGAUGCAACCGAAGGAUCCGCAUCAGAGCACCCUGCCGAGGAAGGCUCUCCUGCUGUGGAGGAGUGGAUGGAUGUACUGGGGAGCGGUUUGUUGAAGAAGAAAGUCAUCGUUGCUGGGCAAGGCAGGGAGACCCGGCCGGUUAAGAAUCAGAAUGUUACAAUUCGAUUAAAAGCUACGCUGGAAGAUGGCACGGUGGUGGAGGAGAAUCCCAACCUCACGUUCACGCUGGGCGAUUGCGAUGUCAUCCAGGCCUUGGACUUGUGUGUGCAGCUAAUGGAGACGGGGGAAACAGCCCUCAUUCUGUCGGAUUCGAAGUAUUGCUUUGGCUCACAGGGCAGAAGCCCGGAUGUGCCUCCAGAUGCAGCCCUCACACUUGAAGUGGAGCUGCUGGCGGCGCAGGACGCCCCAGACUUAGAACUGCUCAGUGGGAAAGAGAAAGUAGAUUUAGCCAACCACAAGAGGGAACGGGGCAACUUCCACUACCAGCGAGGAGAUUACGUGUUGGCCAUCAACUCUUACGACGUUGCCCUGAAGGUUAUUGGCUCCAGUUCCAAAGUCAACUUCAGCUCAGAGGAGGAGGCCGAGCUGUUGGACGUGAAGGUGAAGUGUCUGAACAACUUAGCUGCGUCUCAGUUAAAACUAGACCAUUACGAAGCGGCCUUGAGAUCCUGCAAUCAGGUGCUGGAGCAGCAGCCAGACAACAUAAAAGCCCUCUUUCGGAAAGGAAAGGUCUUGGCUCAGCAAGGGAGGUACAGCGAGGCAAUCCCUAUCCUGAAGGCAGCGUUGAAGCUGGAGCCAUCCAAUAAGACGAUCCACAUGGAGCUCUCAAAGCUGGCAAAGAAGCACGCCGACCAAAAAAGCGUGGAGACUGAGAUGUACCGCAAGAUGCUGGGGACUGCUGGCUCCAGCGGACCCCCUGCUAAGUGUAAAGAUAAGUCCUCCCGGGCUAUUCCUUGGAAGUGGCUGUUUGGUGCCACAGCCGUGGCAUUAGGAGGCGUGGCCUUGUCAGUCGUCAUAGCAGCCAGGAACUAGCACCGUUGGCCAAUAGCACAUUUUGGCACGCGAGGCCCCGAGACUGGCCCUUCCCCCUUCCCCCUUUCUCCCCAUACUUGGCCCUUGAUGAUCGCUACACAGCUUGGACUGUUAGGGUGGCUUGGGGGGGGGGGAGGUCUUUGCUUCUGCAUUGAAAUACCACUGAACUAUUCCAUGGGAGCUGCCCCCUUCCCCAGGUGGCAGUGAAGGCCUAGCAGUGACUGUAUGGCUGCUGGGUGCAAUGCCAGGGGUGAGAAAGGGCCUGGAAGCAUUGGGAGUAUUGGGAGACAGGAAAACUGGACACACACGUCUCCCCAACCCCCUACAUUGGACACGCUGCACAAACCUUUUUUGGGGUGUGUGCAGGUGUCUCAUUCCCCCCUCCCCUUCUUUCCCAGGCCUCUGGUUCUUAUUUUUGCUCCAAUCAUCCUCUGUAAUCCUCUUUGCGAGUGAAAGGAGUGCUGCGAUAAUCAGGCUACUGGGAGACCAUGAAACAUAAAUGGAGAAGAAGCCAGUGGCUGCUCUAGGGGAGGGGGAAGGUUAGAGGCUGGUGGCUGCAUUGACUUUAAUUCUGGGAAAAGGAGCUUUGGGGGGCAGUUCUGAGCUGCUUUGGGCUACUAGAAUACUCAGGGCUGACAAACAGCCUGUACUUUUUUGGGGUAUGUUAUCUUACAAGUACCCUCCUCUACAGGAGCAAACAAAUUGAUGCUUGAAUGUGGAUCCUGCUGUCUUGGUUGCCUCCUCAACCUGCAAGACAAGCAAUUUCCCUCUUUCUGCCAGGCGUGCACCACAUGCUCUUGGAGUGUGCCUGUGGCCUCCCUGCAGAGGUCAAAGAUCAGGCCGGUCCCUUCCACCCCCUCGAAUCUCUGCCUGUCAAGACUGCCAAGCGGCAUUUUGUUUCCCUGUCCCCACAGUCUUCACUAUCAUGCCAGCGGCCCUUUGUUGGCAUCUCUUAGUGCCAACCUUAGCUAGACCCGCUUUACCUGGAUAAAUAUAUUUUUUCCAAAGAUACUGGGAGGUUUUUUUGGCCUUCUGUCAAAUAUAAACUGUGAACUAACAACAUCCCCUCCGCCUUCAAUAAAUAAAUGCCUCUCAACCGUC